AUGAGGAAAUCAAGAGAAGCUGAGUCGAUGUCCAAGAAAAAUCUCCGCGCAAAUGCGGAGAAGUUCGAGUUUCAGGCUGAGGUGUCUCGGCUUAUGGACAUCCUUAUCAACUCUCUUUACAGCAACAAGGAUAUUUUCUUGAGGGAGCUGAUCUCCAAUGCUUCUGACGCACUGGACAAGAUUAGGUUCCUCUCACUCACGGACAAGGAGGUGUUGGGUGAAGGUGAUAACACCAACCUUGAGAUCCAGAUUAAAAUAGACAAAGAAAAGAAAAUUCUGUCAAUUCGUGAUAGAGGUAUUGGUAUGACAAAGGAGGAUUUGAUAAAGAACUUGGGGACCAUAGCUAAGUCGGGAACUUCAGCUUUUCUGGAGAAAAUGCAGACAGGUGGAGACCUCAAUCUCAUUGGGCAAUUUGGUGUCGGGUUCUACUCAGUCUAUCUUGCUGCCGAUUAUGUAGAAGUCAUUAGCAAACAUAACGAUGACAAACAGUAUGUGUGGGAGUCAAAGGCUGAUGGAGCAUUUGCAGUUUCUGAGGAUGUGUGGAAUGAGCCACUUGGUCGUGGAACGGAAAUCAGAUUGCACCUUAGGGAUGAAGCCGGCGAAUACUUGGAAGAAAAUAAAUUAAAGGAAUUGGUGAAGAAAUAUUCGGAAUUCAUCAACUUCCCCAUAAAUCUCUGGGCCAGCAAAGAGGUUGAUGUGGAGGUUCCUGCUGAUGAGGAUGAGUCAAGUGAUGAAGAUGAAACUUCUGAAAGCAGCUCCUCUAAGGAAGAAGGGGAAGAUGAAGAUGCUGAGAAAGGAGAAGAUGAGGAAAAACCCAAGACCAAGAAAGUGAAGGAAACAACUUAUGAAUGGGAGCUUUUGAAUGAUGUGAAAGCUAUAUGGUUGCGGAAUCCAAAGGAAGUGACUGACGAAGAGUACACCAAAUUCUAUCAGUCACUAUCCAAGGACUUCGGUGAUGAGAAGCCUCUAUCAUGGAGUCACUUUAGUGCAGAAGGUGACGUGGAGUUUAAGGCUGUACUGUUUGUGCCUCCUAAGGCUCCUCAGGAUUUGUAUGAGAGCUACUAUAACAAUAAAAAAUCCAACUUGAAGUUGUAUGUCAGACGAGUGUUCAUUUCGGAUGAAUUUGAUGAGCUUUUGCCAAAGUAUCUCAACUUCUUGAAGGGUCUUGUUGAUUCCGACACCUUACCUCUAAAUGUGUCACGAGAAAUGCUUCAGCAACACAGCAGCUUGAAAACGAUAAAGAAGAAACUCAUCCGGAAGGCCCUUGAUAUGAUCCGCAAGAUUGCUGAUGAGGAUCCUGAUGAAUCUUAUAACAACGACAAGAAAGAUGUUGAUGAAUCUGUUGACAAUGAUGAGAAGAAAGGCCAAUAUACAAAGUUCUGGAACGAAUUUGGCAAAUCAAUAAAACUUGGUAUUGUAGAGGAUGCAACUAACAGAAACCGCUUGGCAAAACUACUCAGAUUCGAGAGCACAAAAUCAGAGGGGAAAUUAACAUCACUAGAUCAGUACAUCUCACGAAUGAAACCAGGUCAGAAGGAUAUUUUCUAUAUAACAGGAACCAGCAAGGAACAGUUGGAGAAAUCUCCAUUCCUCGAGAGGCUUUCAAAGAAAAAUUAUGAGGUUGUAUUCUUCACUGAUCCUGUGGAUGAAUACCUGAUGCAAUACCUGAUGGAUUAUGAAGAUAAGAAGUUCCAAAAUGUCUCCAAGGAGGGUUUGAAACUUGGGAAGGAUUCUAAAGACAAAGAACUGAAGGAAUCAUACAAGGACUUGACCAAAUGGUGGAAAGGUGCACUUGCCAGUGAGAAUGUGGAUGAUGUGAAGAUAAGCAACCGUCUGGCUGACACUCCUUGUGUAGUUGUGACAUCUAAGUUUGGCUGGAGUGCAAAUAUGGAGAGAAUCAUGCAGUCGCAGACACUAUCAGAUGCUAGCAAGCAGGCAUACAUGCGUGGCAAGAGGGUGCUUGAGAUCAACCCAAGGCAUCCAAUUAUCAAGGAGCUUCGGGAAAGAGUAGUAAAGGACCCUGAGGAUGAGGGUGUAAAGCAAACGGCACAACUCAUGUACCAAACAGCAUUGAUGGAGAGUGGCUUCAUGCUCCCUGACCCCAAGGAUUUUGCUUCCCGGAUAUACAGCUCGGUGAAGACGAGUCUAAGCAUCAGUCCCGAAGCUGCAGUUGAGGAGGAAGAUGAUACUGAAGAAGUUGAGACUGAAUCCAGCACGAAAGAAGCAGAAUCUAUUCCUGAGGCAGAGGAUUAUACUACUCAAGAUGAUGCAGACACAGAGCCUACUGCUGUCAAGGAUGAGUUAUAG